AUGGAGUACUCAAAGCUGCACCUCUAUGCCGUUCUAGCUGAUGCAUGUUUGGGAGUGGGGGAGAUGAUGGAAUCCUCUGAACCGUCAUGCAUGGGAAAUGGGGCAUACUUGAGGCUAGGGCAAAGGGGAAAGAAAACGACGGAGGAAGGUUACUCAUGUCUAGCGGAGGGACUGGAGUUUCUGUCCUCGUUGAACUUCUUUUCGUGUAUCCCUGCCCGAAGAACUGAAAUACGAUUGGACUAA